UUGUCCCUUUAUAUAGUCUCUCUACUCUCACUUUGCGGAGUAGCGCCCAUAGGCUUUAGGGUUUCCGCGACGCCAUUGUCUUAUCGUUCUCGAGCACUCAUUGCAGCGACUGAAGCAUCUCUGUGGAAAUGGCACCAAAGAGAGGUGUAAAAGCUCCUUCAGCUCCAGCAAAGAAGAAACCGGAGAAGGUUGUGAAUCCAUUGUUUGAGAAGCGUCCUAAGCAAUUUGGCAUUGGUGGGGCAUUGCCUCCAAAGAGGGAUUUGCAUCGGUUUGUGAAGUGGCCUAAGGUUGUUCGCAUUCAAAGGCAGAGAAGGAUUCUCAAGCAAAGAUUGAAGGUCCCACCUGCCUUGAACCAAUUCACGAAGACACUGGACAAGAACCUCGGUAAGAAUCUUAACGCAAUUGAUUUCAGUGUUAUUUUGGGGUUGAGUAGGCCUCCCGGGUUAAAACACCUUCCCAGUUAAAUUAUUCCUGCCAGU